GGUUGUUCCAUAUAUUAGAUUUGUGAGAUCAAUAGCUGGAGUAGCAUUCUUCGAAAUCCAACAGAAGGUUUAUACAGUCACUUAGAGAGGUGGAUAUAAUCGAAAGAAGUGAAAAUUUCUGUCAUUAAUGAUAUGAAAAUCUAGUUCGAUGUCGGCGUGAUUUUCAGGAUUUGAAUUAAUCGGAGUGUAGAGAAAACUCACAGUGAACAAUACAGGAAAGCCAUAUUUUACCAGAAAUCAGACAUGAAUGCGUCGCUAUUCAGAAUAAGUACCUUGAACAAGCAUUAAACACUUCCCAACGAAUUCAUCCGCAAGUUUCUAAUAUUGAUAACACUUUCAACAUCAGUUCAAAGCCAUUAUCUUAUCUAGAUCUUCUUAAGGAUUUGUGAUUUGGCUGAUCAGAUUAAAGUCAUAAAGAUAGAAAUUCCUACGAAUGUGAUUUUAAUGUAACAGAAUACCAAUACAUGUUGGAUAUUACAAAGAAGUGUGGACAACGUCCUGCAUCACAAUGUUUCAUCUAUUGAUUUCGCCGUCUUAGUACGGAUGGCUAUAAAAUGGUUUAUAUAAAAAGCUGAAAGCCAACGCACCACAACAUAUUCUUUAUUAAAAAACGACGCAUAAAUGGCAAAGAACAUCUCUGACAAUAUGACUUUUAUGUUGGAGUCAUUCUCAGAAUUUAAUACUUCUUACAAUGGAUCAUCAAACGACACAUCUUUUGCCUCUGGUCCUUCGAGGACGGCUCUAUACAUUGGCGGUAUUGUCAUGCUCGUCGCUUUAUUAUGGGGCCUGUUUGCAAAUAUUCUUAUUUUGCUCGUAGUCUUCACAAGGAGAGAUUUGAAUAAUAUUAUCAAUAUAUUCAUUAUUAGUCUCUGUAUUAACGAUAUCAUAAACCUCGGAUUCAAUAACAACCUCGUAAUGCUCUCAUAUUUCAUGGGAGAAUUUCCUACAGGCAUGUUAGGAUGUGAGCUUGCCACGCUUUUCACAGUUUUAUUCAUGGGCUCGUCGCUCUGGCAUACAGGACUGAUUGCUAUACACCGCUUAAUAGUGGUGGUAUUUAAUAAUUUCUACAAGAAAAUAUCAAAGAGAGCAUACACUUGUUUCGUUCUAGUUUUUGCUAGAGUUAUACCCCUGCUUUUUCUGGCUCAACCCUCCCUUGGACAGAUGGCAUAUUAUGAAUCGAGGUUACUUCGGUGUAUCGUUAAGAAAAACUAUGGUCCGUAUAAUCUGCUUGUGAUUAUGUUUCUAAUGAUUCUUCCAUCUAUCAUCCUUGUUGUUUGCUACAUAGCAGUUUUUAUCAAGGUUCACCAAUCGUCGAUCGCUUUUAGAGCUUCCCGCCAAAAGGAGUGGUUGAAGCGGGAAAUCAAGAUCACUAAAAUGUUUGGAAUGGUGUUUUUGUUGAUCGUGAUCGGAUACAUGCCCUAUGGGAUCGUGAGAUCAAUUGAUAAACAAUUACAGCUGAGUGCCGAUUUCUAUGUUGCGAUUACAGUUUUCUUUGCAAUAGGAAAUUGUUGCAAUCCGAUUGUUUACGGGGCAAUGGACAGAUCAAUCCGUCUCGAAUGCUUCAAAAUCUUUCAUCUCAUCAAGAACCAAGAAAAAGAAAACGGAAACGCCCUUACCACUGCUCAAACAACUCAAAUGGUUGUCGAAAAUGAAGGCGAAACUGAAGUUAUCCCUCUUAAUAUGUCAACUAAAAUUACGCAAACGAACGAAAGCUUCACCUAAUGAAAACCUAAUCCGAAAUGUUGUUAUUUGUUCAAUUUCAACUUCACGUAUACGUGAAUAGAUGAAGGUUUUUUUUUAUAUGCUGGACAAUUGUAUUUUGAAAACUGUUGUGUUUAUCGGUAUAUUAAUUAAUCGGUUUAAUAAAGUUAUUUUUCUGUUUA